AAUACGUAGAAUAUCACCUCAAAUUGAGAUUACUCCGCCUAUCUCGUCCACCAAUAAUUAGUAAAGUAUAAUAUAUUGUUGUUGAUAGACUUGAUUUUGCAUUUUUUGCUAUUUCGCAGGUUGUAUAUAUCAAGUGCAGAUUGGAUACGAGAGUGGAAGAGGAAGUAAAAUGAAAUGGCAUCUAGACACGGCCUAGAACGUCCAACUUGGAGACCAAAGUCCAAAUUGUCACCAGAAGUCCAGUGUCAUAUACGUGGAGUACAGUUCACAUUGGAUGGGGAACUUGCGGCCACCAAAUCAGCAAAACUAUCAAAGUUGUUGAAAGAGUACACUCAAAAUGAUCUCUCCCGUUUAUUGGAUGACAUUCCUGCUGAUCCAGAAUCAUUUGAGCUUGUUGGGAGAUUCUACCAUGGCUACGAUAUCAAAUUGUCAAAUGAAAACGUCGUUCGUGUUGCGUGUAUUGCUCAUUACCUCGGAAUGACCGAAAGUCACUGUCCUAAUAAUCUUCUAAACAAAGCCCUCAACUUCUUUGAACACCAAAUUCUUCCUAAUUGGCAAAGUUGCAUCAAAGCUCUAAUUAGUGCAGAAAAUGUUCUUGAACAAUCAGUGAAUCUUGGCCUAGUUGAUGCAUGUAUGGAAACUAUUGUCACAAAGGCGCAGGAAGAUCCGCGUUUACUUGGAGAGCCAAUCAAGAACUUUUCGUCUGAUGACGACGAUAGUGAUGGAAAGGAAAUGGCUAUUAAACCAAAUGCCAGAAGGAGGCUUUUUGAUCUUGAGUGGAAAUCUGAGGAUUUAAUGGUACUCUCAUUGAGGUUUUACGAACCUAUAAUUCGUGAAAUGAUUCAACGAAAAGUCCCUCUAGAAUACGUUGCUGCAUCCCUCUAUCAGUAUGCAAAGAAAUGGGUGUUUGAAAAAGAAGAGAAUGGUGAGAAAGAGACAGUUGAAUCUUUGGAGAGAUUGAUCCCUCAUCAGAAAGGGAUGUUUCCUUGCUCAUUUCUCUUUGAAAUGCUAAAAUCUGCAGUAUCACUUGAUGCUAGCACUGAAUGCAAAAAUGGAUUGGAGAUCAGAAUCGGAAAGCAAUUAGAUCAGGCAAAUGUAAAAGACCUAUUCAUACCUACCCAAGGAUACACAGAGGACGAACAGCAUGAUACAGAGAGUAUACGAAGAAUUUUGAAGAAUUUCUACAGUAAUUAUACCGGUCCGGAUGCUUCUGGAUUCAUCAAAGUGGCAGAAUUAGUCGAUAAUUUCUUGGCAGAGGUUGCUAGUGACAUAGAUUUGAAGAUGAGCACAUUUAUAUCACUUGCUGAUAUGUCGAUAGCAGUAUCAGAGGGGACAGAUCGAACAUUGGAUGGACUAUACAGAGCUGUUGACAUAUAUCUAGACAAGCAUAGACAUCUUACAGAAUCAGAAAGAGAGAAAUUAUGCAGGGUUUUGGAUUGCAACAAAAUGUCAGUCGAAGCUCGUGAACAUGCUGCACAGAAUGAAAGGUUGCCAUUGCGUGUGGUGGUGCAGGUUUUGUUCAUAGGGCAGUUGCAACUUCGGGACAACAUCACGAAGGAAGUGCAAGGUUCUGAUGACCGGCUCUUGAAGCUAGAGGAGGAGGAGGAAGAUGAAGAAGAAACGAGGGCGGAAAUGGAAAAGAUGGGAAGUAAAGUGUUGGAGCUAGAGAGGGAAUGCCAUAUAAUGAGGAGAGAGAUUCAAAGAGGCAACAGCAAUAGGCAGAAACCAAGCUUGUGGAAGAAAAUGAAGAGAAAACUAGGGUGCAUGACCACCAUGCACGAUCAUAACUGCCAUGUCAAGAAGAGAAAGGUGCAUCCAAGAUGAACGAGUUAUCGUUUUUGUCUUUCUUACCACCACGGUCGACUAGUAGUACUGAUUUCAAUAAUGUGCGUCUACGAUGACGCUUAAGAAUGUCAGCUAGGAACUAAUAUGUUAAUACUGUUUCAAAGCAUAUGCUUAUUCUAUCUCUAGGGGUGAUCUCCCGUGCCCACGAUAGAAAAGAGCUUAUUGUGCCAAUAGGUGGUAUGGCAACAAUUGUUGAAUUGUCAACAAUGACGGUUUGACUUUGUUAAUGUUGCAUUGGCACAUUUUAUUUUGUCCUACGUAGCAAGAGAACAAUUCUGAUUGGACCGUGCUACAUAG